AUGUGGCUUCAAACAAUAGCGGCAAGCUUUGUUUUGUGGGUUUUUGGAAAUACGCAAGCUGGCUUCCCGAAUCAAAUCAACAUAGGUGGACUGUUUAUGCGCUCCACGGUGCAGGAGCACAGCGCUUUCAGGUUCGCUGUCCAGCUGUAUAACACCAACCAAAAUGUGACUGAGAAACCCUUCCACCUCAAUUACAAUGUGGACAACCUUGAGUCGUCCAACAGCUUUUCUGUCACACACGCCUUUUGCUCCCAGUUUUCCAGAGGAGUUUAUGCCAUCUUCGGCUUCUACGACCGAAAGUCUAUGAACACCCUGACCUCUUUCUGCGGGGCACUCCACACUUCCUUCAUCACACCCAGCUUCCCCAUUGACACAGAUGUCCAGUUUGUGAUCCAGAUGAGGCCUAGUCUGAAAGGUGCUGUUCUCAGCCUGCUGGACCACUACAAAUGGGAGAAGUUUGUGUAUCUGUAUGACACGGACAGAGGUUUUACUAUCCUCCAGUCCAUCAUGGAAUCUGCUGUGGCCAAUAACUGGCAGGUGACAGCGCGCUCAGUGGGGAACAUCGUGGACCCCACUGAGUACCGGCGAAUCAUUGAGGAGAUGGACCGGCGCCAAGAAAAGCGUUUCCUCGUUGACUGUGAAGUGGACAGAAUAAACUCCAUCUUAGAACAGGUUGUGAUCUCAGGAAAGAAUGGCAGAGGAUACCACUACAUCCUCGCGAACCUGGGCUUUUCCAACAUGAGUCUGGACAGGGUCAUUGCAGGUGGAGCCAACAUUACGGGCUUCCAGAUCAUCAACCCAGACAGUCCUGUUGUGCAGCAAUUUCUCCAACGCUGGGAGCGCUUGGAUGAAAGAGAAUUUCCAGAAGCCAAAAACGCUCCACUAAAGUACACAUCCGCUCUGACCCAUGAUGCCAUCAUGGUGAUUGCGGAGGCUUUCCGAUACUUGCGACGACAACGGGUGGAUGUUUCCCGACGGGGCAGUGCAGGGGACUGCCUGGCCAAUCCUGCAGUGCCAUGGAGUCAAGGCAUCGACAUUGAGCGAGCACUUAAAAUGGUCCAAGUUCAAGGGAUGACUGGAAACAUCCAGUUUGACACUUUUGGACGAAGGGCUAACUACACCAUUGAUGUGUAUGAAAUGAAGACAGGGGGGCCUCGUAGGAUUGGCUAUUGGAACGAGUUUGAAAAGUUUGUUUAUAUAAUGGAUCAGCAGGUCACCAACGAAUCCUCCUCUGUGGAAAACCGAACAAUUGUGGUCACUACUAUUAUGGAAGCUCCAUAUGUGAUGUAUAAGAAAAACCAUUUGCAGACGGAUGGGAAUGAGCGAUAUGAAGGCUACUGUGUGGAUUUAGCUGCUGAAAUUGCAAAGCAUGUUGGGAUCAAAUAUAAACUGUCCAUCGUGCCAGACGGGAAGUAUGGAGCCCGAGAUCCUGAGACCAAGACGUGGAACGGGAUGGUGGGUGAACUGGUGUAUGGAAGAGCUGACAUAGCAGUGGCUCCUUUAACCAUAACACUGGUACGGGAAGAAGUGAUAGAUUUCUCAAAGCCUUUUAUGAGUCUUGGCAUCUCGAUUAUGAUAAAGAAGCCCCAAAAGUCCAAGCCAGGUGUCUUUUCCUUCCUUGACCCUCUGGCCUAUGAGAUUUGGAUGUGCAUAGUGUUUGCCUAUAUCGGUGUGAGCGUGGUGCUUUUCCUGGUCAGCCGCUUCAGUCCGUAUGAGUGGCACCUGGAUGAGAAUGAUGAGGCCAAAGACCCUCAGAGCCCUCCAGACCCGCCAAAUGACUUUGGGAUUUUUAAUAGCCUGUGGUUCUCCCUGGGCGCCUUCAUGCAGCAAGGAUGCGAUAUCUCACCAAGGUCCCUCUCUGGCCGGAUUGUAGGAGGGGUGUGGUGGUUCUUCACCCUUAUUAUCAUCUCGUCCUACACGGCAAACCUGGCUGCUUUCCUCACAGUAGAGAGGAUGGUCUCCCCCAUCGAAAGCGCUGAAGACCUGGCCAAGCAGACAGAGAUUGCUUAUGGGACAUUGGACUCAGGCUCCACAAAGGAAUUCUUUAGGCGCUCCAAAAUAGCUGUUUAUGAGAAAAUGUGGUCUUACAUGAAAUCAGCUGAACCUUCAGUGUUUGCCAAGACAACUCCAGAUGGGGUGUCCCGAGUGCGAAAGUCAAAGGGAAAAUUCGCCUUUCUACUUGAGUCUACAAUGAACGAGUACAUAGAGCAACGGAAACCGUGCGAUACCAUGAAAGUGGGCGGAAACCUGGACUCUAAAGGCUACGGUGUGGCGACACCAAAAGGAUCUGCAUUAGGAAAUGCUGUUAACCUGGCAGUAUUAAAACUGAAUGAGCAAGGCCUCUUGGACAAAUUGAAAAACAAAUGGUGGUACGACAAGGGAGAGUGCGGCAGCGGGGGAGGUGACUCUAAGGACAAGACAAGUGCACUGAGCCUGAGCAACGUGGCAGGGGUCUUCUAUAUUUUGGUUGGGGGGCUGGGGCUAGCGAUGACGGUGGCGUUGCCCCUCCAGCAAACGCACAAAACUUUGCCACGUACCGUGAAGGCUACAACGUUUAUGGCACAGAGAGUGUUAAAAUAUAAAGGUAUUUCAGUUCUACAAGUGGUGGUGUGCGUCUGGAUGAAAAACCACUGCGUGAUUCCCGCACACAAUAAAGACACUUAA